ACUGCCAAAAUUAAUUCGAACUUCAAUGCAAACUCCAACUCAGCACUCCUUCGACUCCACCGCCAUCAAACAUUUCCUUGCUCGGAUCCUGUCCACAUUUCUUCUUCUUCACCCCACCCACCCACAUUUCCAAGAAAAAACAUCGUUUUCCUUCACGCCUAGUUCACACUCACUCUCUUUUUGACAAAACCUUUAUCCAUUCAUCCACCGGCAACCUGCUAAACCACACUUCCUUCCCUCCUCUUCAAACCCAUUUCUUCCCUUUACCUUCCCUGUAAACAACCGGUUGCCAGUCAACCACCCGUUAACUUAAAACACUGAAAAAACCCAGAGAGUCAUUUACACAAACAACUUGCAGACAUUAAGUUAUACGCACGGACACAUGAAUGGUGGUCUUAGCCAGCUCGGGACUGCGCUCACUGUAGUGUUUGCGGCCAUUCUCGCAGCCCUAGCAACCCAGCUCUUCUUCCUCCUCCGGCGCCGGCUGAAGUCUCAGUCUCAGACCCGGAUCGGGCCCCACGAAAACCCGCCUCACUCACAGCACCACAGAAGCGUCGACGUUGACGUGGACGACGUGUUCAAGUGGCAGCAGGCACUGUACGGCGUGUCGUCAAGGGUUUUGUUCACAAUCGAGGAGGAGGAGGAGAGAAAGGGUCUGGACUUCGCCGAGACGACGACGCACUCCUCGUGCGCGGAGAAAGAGGUGAAGACGGCGACGACGGUGGUGCUGGACGUAGCUGUGACGGUGAUGAGUGUAGAGGUGGACGACGGGACGACGCCGUUUUCGACUCCUUGUGCUUCGCCGCCGUACUAUACUCCGUCGACUUCUCCCGGUCGUGAGACUUGUAGCAUGUAAUAAAGAAGCUCGUUUUAAUUUGUGGGGCUGCGUAGGGUCCUGGGCUUGGGUUGUCGGGUCAAGCGAUGUUCUUGCCAUGUUAGCAAGCACAGUAUUGGACGACGGUGUUUUACUGGUUUUUAAUUUUUUUAACUUUUAAUUAUUAAUUAUUAAUUUUGGGGCAACCGGUAGCAUUGUGUUUUGGGUUUCAAUAAAUGUGGUUGCAUGGCAAGUGUAGCGGUUUAGGUGAUCAUUUAUGGCUGAUGCUUUUUAGUAGAAAAAUUGAUGGAAAAGCAAAAGUAUGCAACUCUGUAUGUGCAUUAUUUAAGCUAUGAAUAGACGUUGGUGUAAAUACCUGUA